AUGAUGCGGAAGUCAGACGCAGAUUCAGUCCCCCUUAGCUACAAGCCAAUCUGUCACCCUACAGUCUAGUCAUCUCAAAUUGUCUUUCCCAGGUGAAUCCAUAAAUUUCUCUAACCACGUGGCCUCAUCUAAUUCACAAAUAGAACGAACCCACAUAUACAGUCAACCCGCCGACAAAUACAUAAAAACAACCCAGUCUUUAUUCCAACCAAUUGACUAUCUAAACCAAAACAUAAACCCAGAACCAUUGAUUUUUCAGCAGGUAAUUGCACAAUUUCAAAACACACAAAACCUACAUGCAAAUAAAGCCCAAAAAUAUCACUAUUGCUCAGUCCCUCAGGUCGUGGCUGUCUCGCCUUUAGCCCACAACAAGCCGACCCAAAUUCCUUUCCAACCCAGGCCCUCCCACAAACCAGUAGCUCCACAAUUAACCAUAUUUUUACCCCAAUGGUCCAACACACCUUCAAUGGCCCAACAGCCUUUCAAACAGACCAACAAUGAUCAAGUGGAACCAACUUUGCUAACACAACCUAAGCAACCCAACGUUCAUUCACCGAAUUCCCAAACAAAAAAAACCCUAGCCAACCCUCACCUCACCAAGCCAAAAGCUCCAAAGAAGAGGAAGGAAACCCCAUCGGGCACCAUAGCACAUCCUCUUCCAUCCAAACAAAGUAGCAUUCAACCAACCACUCAAGCAGACACUGUUGGAGAAGAUGAAAUUUCAAGUAACAGCCCAACUCUCCCAAACUCUGGAAAUCAGCUACUGGGUGAUGGCACUGAAGCCUCCUUGGUUCAGCCAAGCAAGAAAACUGGUGCAAACAUGUGGGUAUCUCGAAUGGUCUCAAAGAAGCACAGAUUCUCCCCUUACAAGCUAGAAGAUGUGGAACAACAAGGUGAAGCCGCAGCAGCCCUGUUAGCAAUUCAAGAAGCACAUGACAGAGAUCUAGGGAAAAUCUUCAUUCAAGGAGACUCAAAGCAGGUUGUUCAAGCCACAAAUAAUGCAAAGCAACCUACAGAUUGGAAAAUGUAAUCCAUUAUCAAGGACAUCAAGCACCUUCUAAGCAGUUUUGAAGAUUGGAAAAUGGUGAAAAUAUAUCGAUUUCAAAAUCGAUGUGCGUAUAACAUUAUGCAAUGGGCUGCUUCCAACUAUCUGUAUGGAAGCAUACCCCUUAUUUCUAUUCCUCAAUGUCUUUUAAGUUUUCAUAGUGGAAAUGACCC